CAGAUUUUUCUUGCAAGCAUAUGCCAUUACACGCUUGAAGCAAACUGGGAAACAACACGUGAAACAACACCGCAUAUGCAAUCAAUCAUCUAGUAGGAACUAGAAACGCCAAAGCUACAACGAUACAACAACAAGAAUGUUCUGUAAAACUAGUCAGCGAGCAACAGCUUUCUUGCUGCUCGUUCUAUUUAGUAGUAGCAUCCACCAAUGCAAUGCAUUAGUGAAUGUGACGAGGGAAAUGUAUCUAUUGAGUUCAGAACAACAGGACAUCUGCCUCCAAGCUGAUACACCACAGGAUCCAGUACGCAAAGUGCUGUGCAACGGCGAUGACAACCAAUUGUGGAUUGCUAAAGACUUCGAGCGCUUGGUUUUCAGUAAUGUGCUUUUCCCAGAUAAAUAUACGGACAUUGGUAAUACAGCCGACAUCAACGCACUGCCCUACUGGCAGUUGGUAUUUGGCCAGGGAUAUGUACGCCUGACAGAAGAGCAACCGGAAUGUCCUGUCACCUGUGGUUGGGGUGUGUCUGCGAUUAACUACGAGUGUAUCAAUGCUAAUGGCGUACCCCCCGCCGGCUGGGUCAAUGCCUAUUGCGAUCCCGAAGAUUACAGAGAAUUGCAAAAAGAGUUUGUGUGCCAGUUAAACGAAUGUCCUCCCGAGCCAGGACUAUGGAGCGAGUGGUCUGGGUGCACGGCAACCUGCGGUGGCGGCAUUCGCCAGCGUCUCUGCGACAAUCCUCCACCAACCGGCGAUGAGAGCUGUUCAGGAAAUGAUACGGAGGAAUGCAACGUAAAUGAAUGUCCCAUCGAUGGAGGGUACGGAGCACUGACACCAUGUUCGGUGACUUGUGGCAAUGGAGUGCGUGUCCGGAAGUGUAAUAACCCUACACCUCAAUUUGGCGGAAGAGACUGCGAGAGAUAUGGUCCGAAUGUCAUCGUCUGUGACAAUGACCCCUGCCCAGAUAUCGACGGAGGUUAUACAGAGUUUGGAGACUGCUCUGUUACAUGCGGCACAGGCGUUCGUACGCGCCAGUGCACAAACCCACAAACAUCCGGAAACGGUACAAAUUGUAUAGACCAAGGUUUGGGUCCGGCAGUAGAGACUUGUAAGAAUCCGGUUUGUCCGCCAGUAACUACCGUAACCAACACGGUAUCGCAGACCCUGACCAUCACGGACUUAGAGGGCACUCUCGUGCCCACAAAUGAAUUCACGACCUCGUCAGCUGGUGACGGUGUGCAGACAUCCACAUUUGUCUUCCCAGGACUCACCAGCACGGACCAGCAGACUGGUUCCUUCUCGUUCGUAUUCCCCACGAACACGAUCUCGUUCGUCACUACCGGCACAGAUGACUUUGUCUCCGAGUUCGAUCCGUUUGGUACUGGGACCACGGUACAAACGACUACCGAUGACUUUGUCAUCGAGUUCGAUCCUUUCGGCACUGCAACCACGGUACUAACGACUACCGAUGUUUUCAUCUCCGCAUUCGACCCGUUUGGAACCGGUACAACCACUGCAAGUGUGGUCAACCCGUUUCAGACCACUAGUGUGAGCUCCACCACAACGAGUGUGUUCAAUCCAUUCGCAACUGCAGCCACCACAGUUUCUCAGAUCCCCACUUUCACAUUCCCGAUGGCCACGUCGGCAUUCGAUCCAUUCGGAGACGACUUCGACCCCUUCGCGAGUGAUGCUGAUUUCGGGUUUGGUCGCGGAAAGGGUAUUGACGGCCUGGGUACCCCAUUCCAGGGGCGUGUAAAUUCCGAUGGUAGCUUUGAGCUUGCCACACCAACCGACACCACCGGUGGCAGCACUCAGCCCAGUGGUACUGCAGAGGGAGAGGCAGGCAGUAGUAGUAGUGACAGUGUUGGACUACCUACAUGGGUGUGGGCUGUGGUGACCGUGUGCGCUGUUUUGAUGGCUGGGAUAGUUGUGGGUGUCUUUUUGGUAAAGCGAUAUCAUGACAUACAGGCCGAGAAGGAUAAGUAUGCUGCAACGGUAAAGACGGAUACCAGCAGUCUACCGAUGGGUGUCACCAAACUCGCGCCUAUUCCUGAGAGGCAGACAUCCCAGACCACUCGUUUGGAGUUGGACGAUGUAGAGGGAGCGAGUGGGUAUGGGGCUGAUGUGAGCAGCAUACCUAUGAAUCAGAUGCAGUCCGAGCAUGGUGGUUUCAGAGUUUGAAAAUAGAUAUUAUGACGAUGUAGUAGAUGUUUAAAGCGGGGCAAAGCUUUAUUUGACCUAUGCGACACCUGCUAGUAAGAGGCGUGCAUUACCCGCCUGUGCAUACAGCGCGUGAAAUUGCCCAUGGGGAACCACUGGUCUCUAAUGGAGAGCUGACCGUCCGCGUGAUUGAUUGUGCACAGAGGCAGAAACUACGGUAUGCAAGAAUUCGGGCAAGAGCUUUGUAAGCAAACCCGAUACCCGAUAUAAAUGCCUUUUGCUUGUUCGGGAUAGUCAGUCUCGAUUUUAUGCUAGGUGUUCUACGCGUGCACUUUUUCAGCGACAUCAAGUAGUAGACCGGUGCCGGCAAAAUUGGUAAACAGGUGCCUGCAUUUCUCUUAGAGCUGAUCGAACUAGAUUAGUUGAUAAAGAAUGAAACCCAAAAAGUAGGUAAGCAUUGCAAAUAGAUAGUCACCAUGCCAUAUAGGCAACUACCUUCUAGAGUUUAGCUACCUUCUAGAGUGUCUGAGAGACUUGGGACUCGGCAAUUGUAGUAUCAACUGCGAUUAGUACGUGUGAUAUAUACUACUACUUUGCUUGUCAUUCACUGACUACAAAAGCACUGGAAACAAAAUAAAGAAGCAUUUGAUGCGAAAUCCUUAACCG